CUUACUUGUGCUUGACUAACGACAACCUCUUAUCUGGAUAAACAUCUCCUGCAUGCACCCACUUCCCUAAUAUCAACAAAUCACCAAUGACCUCCAAGUCAUCCCUCUCACUUCGUCUCACAGAGCCCGUCAUCUUCCUCCGCGGUACAGCAGGACCCAAUGCACUCGCCACACAGCCAGCGAUGGUACGCGGGCUCUUGUCGCUCAACCUACGCAGAGCGAGCAGGAUAAAGAGUAUCGAAGUGCGAUUAGAAACCCGGACGAGCGUCAUCUGGCCCGAAGGCAUAGGUGUACGCCGUAUGGAGAUCGUAGAAGAUCACAUCAUCCGAUCACAGCGUAUCGUAUUCUUCGACGCCUCUGCCCUGUCGGGGGAAGAGACGACCGUGCUCCCUGCGCGGAGGGCGUUGUCUGUCGGCCCUGGGCUGCAUCUGGACGAGAUGCGGGACUCAUAUUCUGACCAUUCGGACGAGGCGAGGGAACAUCAUGCGCAUGCUAAUGGGAAUGGGAAUGGGAAUGGGCACGCGGAGGCAACGGUGAGGGAAGAGCGGGGUCCGCAGCAGAGGGCGAUGAGUACUGCCCGAGGGAUCGGGAGGGGGUACGCGAGCAUGCUCGGGGCGGAACACGAGCCUGCAGUGGACCAUCCGUACCCUGCUGGCCCGCCGCCCUAUGCGAGGAAUGCGAGUGCCGACAGGGAGGGAGGGGAGGGGUUGAGCCCGAUCGCCAGUUCUGGGGAGAGCAGGAGCGGGUCGCGUUCCCGUGGCAGGACGGGGAGCAGGGGAGAACUCAACGGGAGCGGAAGUGGGAGUGGGAGUGGGAGCAGAGGAGGGUCGGGUAGCGCCGUCAGAGCUGGAACGUCCCUCUCCCCUAUCAGGGGUAUCCUCGGCCGGCAGGACUCGAGUCCCUCUUCGACUAUCGGGAGCGCAGCUGAAUUGUCCCUCGGCAGCUCGCUGGGUCUUGCUAGAACAGCCUUGUCCACCACCACGACGAACAACACGCUCCCUCCUGCGCCCGAACCAGCUUCAGAACCUCUCCUCGAAGCCCUGCGCCCUCCGCUAGGCUCACCAAGAUCAAGCAGCGCCUCCCUCCCCUCGCAGCAUUCUGCUCCUUCGAUCCGCGGCCCCUUGUCGCCUAGUACGAACCUCACCGGCGUCCCUACCCCAGUACACGAAGGUCCCAGCGCGUCCGACGUCUCCGGGCAUGGGGACGCGAGCGCAGGAGCAGAGAGCAGCGACGACGAGUACGAGAUGGAAGCCAUGCACCCCCGUCCCUCCCGGCACGCGAGCACGAGCACAGUCACUGCUCCCCCUCCACUUGCAGGAACCCCAGGAACGCCAAAGCACAGAGUCACAUUCGCUCGCCGAGUCUCUCAGGGAGCGCUACAGAACCUCAUUCGCAGGAACUCGAGGGACGAGCCUCGCCCUGCGCCAGUGUUUACAGAUUCCCCACCUUCCUCCGCCCUCGUUUCCCCUAGUGCUGGGCCGAGCGGUACGACAUAUACCCCGCCGCAUACGAGCCCUGUCCCGAGUCCGAGUCCGCACCAUAGUGUGCAUUUCCCCUCGCCGACCCCGAGUGCGCAGAAUCUUGCUACUGUGAGCUCGGCCCUUCCGGGUCCUGCGGCGGGGGAACACGCAAGCUCUCCAGCGCCCAGCGUGAGGGGCUCUGAUCCCGAACGAGAGGAAGAGAGGAGCAGGAGCAGGAGCAGAGUGAGAGGCGUCGUAGAAGGAGUGAAGAAUAUGUUUCGUACGCCUUCUCGCCCGCGUGAGCCCGUGCAUCCGGCGGUGCAAGCUCCGAACGGCCUUUCGGGGGAGGGGUAUCACCUGCCUCCAGGGGUGGGACAUGCCCACUCUGGAUCGGGAUCGGGCUCGCCGGGUCCUAGCAGGCCGCCGACGAGUUCCAGGAGAGGGAGUACGGACCAGCAGCGACCUCCCGUACGCCCGAGCGCGGAGGAGGGGUUUGUGGAGCCCGGUCCUCGGGGACGGGAGACGAGCAGAGAGAGGAGGGGGAGCGAUGUGGGGCACCCGCACGCCGGUGGGGUGCACUAUUAUGGGCGGGGAGGGGCGGGGGCGUAUACCCCCCACUCUGGGCACGAGGAAGAAGAACGGCGCGGGAGGGAGAGGGAGCGACCUGGGAGCAGGGAGAAGCCCGUUCCUGCGGACACGUGGCGCGAGUUCAGGAAGGGGACGUAUACCUACCCCGUUGUCUUCCCCCUCCCUCCGCCUGCGCCUACGACAGUGCACACCGAGUUCGGGACAGUGAAGUACUACCUCGUCGGGGUCGUGCACCGCUCUGGCACUUUCUCUCCAAAGCUGCAGAGCGAGAAGGAAGUGGAGGUGAUCGACGUCCCGCCCGACGAGGAACCGGAGACGGUGAAUAUCGAGCGGCAGUGGGAGGAGAGCCUGAGAUAUGUGAUCGGUUUGGAUAACAAGACGAACCUUGUUGGCGGGGAGCUGGCGUUCGACUUGACCCUGAUGCCGCUGGAUAAGAUCCGGAUAUUCCGGCUGUCUGUCGCUCUUGAGCAGAAGGUCGACUACUUUUCCCGAGGACAGCGGUUGACGAGGUACGACGCCCCGCGGAAAUGGGACCUCCUAUCCGUCAAGUCCGCAGGGAAGAACGUGCCUCUCUUCCCUCUGGCAAGCCUUCUCCCCGCCGCAGGGCCUAUCCAGCAACUCCUCUCCCUCUGUCCUCCAGGGCAGGAUAUCUCCGAGUACGCGGGUGCGCUGCUCCAGCUCGGCGGGCCCUGGCAGGUACACGAAGUGUUCAAGUUGCCCACGUGUAAGAUGGGCAUCCAUAGAACUGUCAAGCUCAACCGGGGCGGGGCAGCGGUGAAAGUCGCGCAUACACUUAAGAUCGUUAUACGUGUGGAGAGGACGGAUGCUGCGGGAAGCAAGAAAUGGGAUAUAAUGGUUGACACGCCGAUAAACCUUUUUGACUGCCGUUGUUCACCGGAGUAUACUUCGUUGCCGACGUACAAUGCUCUCCUGCAGCCCGUACCUGCGUCCUCGGCCUCCUGCGCCUGCCCACAGCGUACAACAGGAUCAACGACGCCUCUCCAAGUCCCCGAAAGUGUUCUGCGGCUAAUGCAAUCCCACGUUCCCGGAACACUGCACGCGGCCGCAGGGGCGGACUCCCCGCCUACUGGGUCCGGAUCUGGAUCUGGAGCAGGAGGGAUUAGCUUGGUGGAGAGUCUGGCGGAGAGGAAUAGGUUGUUUGAGAGACUUGUUGAGGGGAGGGAGGAUGUGGAGGGUGAGAGACCGCCGAGUUAUGAGCAGGUGGCGGGGGGAGGGGCUCGUACUACUACUGCUGCUGCUGCUGCUUUUGGCUAG